UGGUUCUUCUUCAUCUCCUCCUCUUCCGGAACCCUAAAUUCUCUUUCCGUUGACACUCCUUUUGACGCAAUUUGACUUCACUCAUACCGCGAUCAACUCGGCUCACUCCACAUUAUCUUCGGCUACCUGCUGUCGUUAAUUUGCUUCUUUUCAAAACUCUCGCCAUCAAUUUUUGUGGGUUUGUUUGAAUUGAACUUGUCCUGCAUUCUCCGGCUUUUCUUCUAGAAUUAGAAACUACCCUAGAUACUGAAUUUGAGUCCAUCUCUAUUUGUUCUGUAAUUAAGUUGGCUGGGUAUUUUGGGCCGUGAUGCUUUUGGUUUCUAUUUAGACUCGGACAGUAUUACAGAAGGUUGAUAAUUUCCUGCUUGGGAUUAUCAGCAUGGAACAUCUCUUUUAUGUUGGCAUAAGAAAGGCUUCUUUACUUUCGGGAAUUUGGCUUUGUGCGAUAAUAAUCCUAUUUGUGAAUGUCGAAAAUCCUGUGUCUGCAAUCCCUAUGCACCGUUUGUGUUUCUUUCUUGUCCGAAAAGGGAAUAAGAAACUCAAGUCAACAAGAUAUCGAGUGUAACAAUUUAAAAGAGGCCACUGAAUUCCGAGUCGUAUAUUUGAGUCCACUAUUUUCAGUUGAUAGCUAUGCGGCUCAUAGUUUGUUUGCCGAAGUGAGCAGAUAGCAUGAUGUCCAAAGGAUUUUUCUUUUGCACUUUUAGGGUGUUGACUGUUGAGAUUGUCUCAUCCCCUGUCUACUCUAAGUUUAUUACUUCUAUCACUCUGCCAUUUGAAAUUUCAUGAUAUACAAUAUUGUUUAACAAUAAGUGGCAACGAGGAUUGUAUGGUAGUUAAUUUCUUCUACUUCCUGCUAAUGCCCUUGUGUAUAUGUCUCUGAUUUGAUGUACUGCACGUGCAGAAUGAUUAGUAGACUGGGGUGGAAUGAUUGGUAAGUAAUUGAAGCUGUGGGAAAAAAAUGGUUGAUAUUUCUUGUUGUGAUAAUAGACGUAGGUAUGGUGUCAUGUUUUCCUCUACCUAAACACACUAUUCUCUCACCAACAACAGUUGAUUCAAGUGGUUUCACACUUGUCUCUCCUAAGUAUGGUCUUGGGUUUAAGGAUGGAGAAGAUUACGUUGGGAGAGUUUUGCACUCAUGUGGUCUGACAUCACUCAAUUUGUAUUAGCUGGAGCCUAAUGUGGCUUCUAGAAGCCGGUAUAUCCCCUGACCAAGAAUCUGUCGGGUCUGGGACAAAGAGGUCUAGUGCAUCAUCAGGCAGUAGGCCUCGGAAUCAGAAGGAGUUCUUCUAUAAAUUUCUUGAGAGUGACAGCCUGACUGAAAAACUUGUUGACUGGUUUGAAUCUCUGGCAGAAAAAUGUGCACCAAAACAGCACGCCUUUGAUGUUCCAUUUGAGCUGAUAGAACUACAAAAAUUUGAUUAUGCACUGGAAGGCAUUUCAUUUCAACAACUAAUACGCAUGCCUAAUGCUGUCCAUGCUUCUACAUCUGAUACUGUUGAAGCUACAGCUUAUCUUGCUAUUGAAGAUUUUCUGCAUGCAAGUGUGAAGGGUUUAUGGGAGGCUUUUUGGAGUCCAGAUGAACCCAUGCCUUUUUCAGUGGCCUGUCUGUAUAAUUCUAACAUGAAAUUUUAUCAGGCUGAGAAGGCAAUUGCUAAUGGAAGGCUUGGAGGUCUUUGUGCUACAGGUAUACUACUCAAUAAUCCUAGACAUCCCCAUGGAAAAUGGGAUCAUGUCCUUGAAUUAACUCUUCUAAGGCCUGAUAUCAGAAGUCUUGAGGGUGGGGACUGCUGGCCAUCUUCAUCAGUUAUUGGGGAUGCUCUUUUUUGUGCUCUCCGCAUGCUACUGGCAAGAAGUUUGAGCAGACUGAGUUUCUUUGAGGAUCCAAACACAGUCUUUGUUGUUCUAGUUGAUUCUCAAUAUGGGGGAGUUGUAAAGGUUGAAGGAGAUGUAAAUAAACUAAAUUUUGAUACAAACAAUGUUUAUGAAUGUGCUGCUGAAUGGGUCAAAAAUCAUUCAAGAAUUGCUGUUUCUCCAAUUGAUAGAAUCUGGAACAAACUCGGAAAUGCAAACUGGGGGGACAUUGGUGCUCUACAGGUGCUGUUUGCAACCUUUCACUGUAUAAUGCAGUAUGCUGGACAGCCCAAGCACUCUAUUGAGGAUUUAGCUGCUGAUCACAGUUUGCGCCUCCAAACAAGAAGAGUGGAUAGGCAGUUAGGGGAUACUAGUGUGAAUGAAAAUGGUCUAUUUCGACAUCAGCAGAGAAGUAUUUCCCCUGAAAUUGUUGAAGUUCAUGAAGAUUCUGUGAAAGUUGAGCCCAAAGAUUCGAUGAAGUUAGAAGUAGGAUCUGUGUUAUGGCUGGAGGAUUCAGAUUGGCAAAAGGGUUAUCAGAUAAAAGAAGUCAUCAGCACUGGUGAAUUGACAUAUUACAUUGCAUCGCAUGUUGAGGAGCCAGGAAAAAAUCUUUUUCUGUACGUCGGUUGCCAUCUUCUGGAACCAGCAUGGGAAGAUAUGAAUUUGUGGUAUCAUGUUCAGAGGCAGACAAAGGUAUUGACAGUAAUGAAGCAGAAGGGUCUUUCAAGCAAAUAUAUUCCUCAACUGAGUGCUUCUGGUAGGAUUAUUCACCCUGGUCAGUGUCGAAGACCAAGCUCGGGUGGAAAUUGUGACCAUCCUUGGUGUGGGACUCCAAUUCUUGUGACUAGUCCUGUUGGUGUGACAGUUGCUGAAAUGGUGAGCAAAGGUCAAUUUGGUUCAGACGAGGCUAUCAGAUGUUGCCAUGACUGCUUAUCAGCACUCUCAACUGCUGCUUCUGCUGGAAUUCGACAUGGGGACAUUAGGCCUGAGAAUGUAAUUUGUGUGAAGUCUGGUGUGAGGCAUCCUUAUUUUGCUCUGAUUGGUUGGGGGCAUGCAAUUCUUGAAGACAGGGAUCGCCCUGCCAUGAAUCUUCAUUUCUCAUCAACUUAUGCACUUCAGGAAGGAAAACUGUGCUCGGCUUCAGAUGCAGAAAGCCUAGUCUAUAUGCUUUAUUAUUCAUGUGGUGGGGCCUAUCCUGAAUUAGAUUCAGUUGAGGGAGCACUGCAAUGGAGAGAGACGUCGUGGUCAAGGAGAUUAAUUCAGCAAAAGCUUGGUGAUAUCUCCACAGUGCUGAAGGCUUUUGCUGACUAUGUUGACAGUCUAUGUGGGACACCAUAUCCCAUGGACUAUGAUAUAUGGCUGAGAAGGUUGAGGAGAAGUAUUCAUGAUGGAGAUCAUGGAAAGGAAAUUGAUCCAACGGGCUAGGUUUUCUAAAUGCGUCCAACUCCAGGGACGAUCGCUCUUGAUCAUCUAUGACAUGUUUCUCAUUGCAAGGAUUGCAUUUUUGGGGUGGUAAAUAAAACUUGGAAACCAAUGGUUUAAUACUUUAAUCACAUAAAUCUGAUUGGAGGCAUUUGAGGAGCAUGGGAUGGUACUCUGAACUUGGUAUACAAUGCCUCGGCCCGUUGAGGAGCUAAAGUGUCGUGACCUUUUUUUUCCCCUUUUACAAUUUUCUCAAGAGAUUCCUACCAAUGUAAGCUAUAUUGAUAACAAUAUUCCUUUUGUAAAGAUAAUAGCUCUUCUGGAAUGCCCUGGUGGUUCAAGACUGGUCUGAGUGAUCAAUUGUGCGCUGGGCAUAAUCAUUUUCUGUAAAUUGGUUGGUUUGGUGUUAUUGGGAGUUUCAGAUCAAGCCGCUUAAACCGUCA